UGCACAAACCGCUCCGCACUUCGCUCGCCGGACGACUGAGAUUCGUCGCCGGAAGUUGUGGAAUCGAUGAGCGUUUCGGGCAGAGGAGCAUCUCCGUCGACGGAGCCGGCCGAGCCGCUUUACUCGGCUGGGAAGAUAUCGGUGUGGUGGGACAUCGAGAACUGCCAAGUCCCGGUGAACUGCGACCCGCACGCCAUCGCGCAGAACAUUAGUUCCGCGCUGGUGGCGAUGAACUACCGCGGGCCUGUUUCCAUUUCCGCCUACGGCGACACGAAGAAGAUCUCAUCGUCGACUCAACACGCCCUUAACAGCACCGGAAUCGCUCUGAACCAUGUCCCGGCUGGUGCUAAAGAUGCAAGCGACAAGAAGAUUCUUGUGGAUAUGCUGUUUUGGGCAGUGGAUAAUCCUGCCCCUGCGAAUUAUUUGUUGAUAUCUGGCGAUCGAGAUUUUUCUAACGCUCUCCAUCAGUUACGAAUGCGCAGAUACAAUAUUCUUCUAGCACAACCUCAAAAUGCUUCUGCAGCUCUUGUUGCUGCAGCAAAGAAUGUAUGGCUAUGGACAAGUCUUUUAUCAGGAGGCCCACCUCUUCCUAAGAGCGAGUUCAAUCAAUUAACUAUGGCAGAUAGUGUUUCCAUUCAUUCAAAUCAGUCCUCUGCUAAGCAGCCUGAUAGUCUUCAUUAUGCUAACAAUAAGUUUGGCAACAACAUCGGACGUGGCCCAGAUGUUAAUUAUACGGGCAAACACAUUCGAAGAAAUAUAUUUCAAUUCAGUAGUAUGUCAAGAAAUUCAAGUACGAUGGUGAGACCUCAUGAAGACCAUAUUAACCCGAUAUUCCAUCAUGGACAGGAUUACUCUAAAAAUUUCAACAGUUCUCAAGAUAUAGCAGCUCAUACACCAGGAUUUCGACCUAUUCCCAACAAUUCUCAACAAUUUCGACCUACUCCAAGCAUCACUUACCCUGUAUCAUCUUUGAUGAAUGCUAGUAACACAACAAAACAAUGUCAAAACUCCUCAACAAUGCCAGCAAGACCAAACAUGCCACCGCCAGCAAGAGCCAAUCCGUUUCCACCGCUUCCACACAGCCGCCCUACAUUUGCUCCUGACAAUGGCAGGCCAAAAGUUAGUGAAUUUCCCAUUAGUGGAUGCAACCCUUCUCUUUUUCAACCAAGUAAUGAAAAAGAGGUGAAACCAUUUCCAAGUAUCAAUUCUUCUGAUCAUCCAAACCUCAACGUGCCUCAGAAAGGACAAAAUAUCCAAGAACAAACUUCAAUUUACAGUGAGAAAGAUUCCAACAGUUACCAGCUCUAUGGGAAAGAGAGUGUGACGUCAACUUCAUCCACAACCCGUUCUGACUAUGACUAUGUGCUGAGCCUUGGGGAGGUUAUUAUGCGUGCUUUGGAUAUGCUAAAAAAGGAGAUGCUUAUGCCAACUGAAGAAAACAUCACUGAUUGCAUUCGUUUUGGAGACCCACGUUAUCGUGACACUAAUGUUCAGAAGGCUCUUGAGAGUUCACUUAAACAUCAGAUGGUAGUAAUGCAAAACUUAGGAACCUUGAAACUAUAUGUGCGCAAGAAUAGUUUAUUGUGGAAGUGUGCCAAUCUAAUUGGUGGAAAUCCAAAGGAAUAUUCAACAGAAAUCUGGGAUAAAAUCUAUAAAUUCAUAUCUUCCACUGUUGGAAAAUCUGCUCUGUUGGCUACUCGAAGCAGGUAUGAAGCAGCAACUGUUUUAAGGGACAAUAGUUUAAAAGAGUUUACCCUUGGUGAAGUACUUAAGAUCUUGCACAUGGUUAUCAAUAUUAAAAAAUGGAUCACGCAUCAUCCAUCAGCAUGGCAGCCAAUCACUAUUACUGUUGCAGAGACUAACAAUGCCACGGUCCAGGACAUGUUCAACUGUUUGAGUAUUUGGAAACUGGCAAGUACAAGCCUGCUUCGGAUUUCUUACAAUGAAGAUUAGAGUAUAUGCCACAUGGAGACUGGAUCUGUUUUAGCCCCUCACUGGUCUUAUACUUGGAAUCGUAAAUAUCAUCUUCUAUUCAUCUACAUCUAUCCUAUAUCUGGAAAGUAGUAUACUACUAUGAUGGAAUUACCAUCAAUGAAUUCAAAGAGAAUAAGUUCUUAACAGAACUUAUUUGAGGAGUCUUUGAUUACCUUGGAGCAUAUAAAUCUCUGAUCGAAGUCAGUAAUCCUGCAUUGGUAUGGGUGCCGGUUGUGCUACAAAUAUACUUGUGGGCUUCUUCGGUUAAAAAACAAGCGUCCUACAAAAAAAGCAUCAAUGAACAUGUUUUCUUCUGAACAUUUUUGAGAUUUACAGUUAGAAGGAAACUAGAAACAAACAGUCAGUAUUUUGUAUAAAUGCUGAAUGCCGCUGCCAAUGAAGUGUUGCAAGGUUGAGGUAUUCACCAAAGGAUCACUCGAGUUCCACAUUCAGCUUGGCAUUCGAACACAAAUGGAUGCUUCGUAUCCUUU